UUAUAAUAUUAAUAAACAUUAAAAAUAAAGAGUUUCAUAGUAUUAAGACCAGCCCUAAGAAGAGGGAAGAAGAAGAAAUGAAAAGAAUUAGAAAAACGUAGAAAAUACAAAAACUAAAAAACUACAACCAAACUGCUUUCAUAAGCAUAGCAAAAGAGGCUUAAUCUCUCCUUCAAGAUAAUUUAUUUUUUAAAAAAACUUCUGUUGAAGAGGUUUAAGCUUCUCAUUUUUUGAUUCAACUUUUUUUCGGAAUUACUUUUUAGUGUUAAUCGAUUAUUAUUGGCUUUGUUUUGCUUAUUAUUGCGAAUUAGACCAGUUCAAAUAGUUUCAUUUGUUUAAAAGGAUUGGAUUGAGUGAUUGUUGUUCAACGCAUUGGGAGUAGAUCGAGAAGCAACACAGGUUUCUGAUCCGAUCAAUCUUUGGUAAAACAGAUGGCUACCAUGACCAGUCUUGCAGUUGGAUCUCUCGUCUGGGUGGAGGAUCCUGACAUUGCCUGGAUAGAUGGCGAAGUUGUGCAGGUUAAUGGUGAAGAUAUUAAAGUUCUGUGCACUUCAGGGAAGACGGUUGUUGUUAAGGCUUCAAAUUUAUAUCCUAAAGAUGCCGAGGCCCCACCAUGUGGAGUUGAUGAUAUGACAAAGCUGGCUUACUUGCAUGAACCUGGAGUCCUUCAAAAUUUAAGAUCAAGAUAUGAUAUGAAUGAAAUAUAUACAUAUACAGGAAAUAUAUUGAUUGCUGUGAACCCAUUCAGAAAACUACCUCAUCUUUAUGAUAGCCAUAUGAUGGCACAAUAUAAAGGGGCAGCCUUUGGUGAGUUGAGUCCACACCCCUUUGCUGUAGCUGAUGCUGCAUACAGACUAAUGAUCAAUGAGGGAAUAAGUCAGUCGAUUUUGGUUAGUGGUGAAAGUGGGGCUGGUAAAACAGAAAGUACAAAAUUGCUAAUGCAGUAUCUUGCUUACAUGGGAGGGAGAGCAGCUGCUGAGGGGAGAACAGUUGAGCAGCAAGUUCUGGAGUCCAACCCUGUUUUAGAAGCAUUUGGUAAUGCAAAGACUGUUAGGAAUAAUAACUCAAGUCGUUUUGGUAAGUUUGUGGAGAUUCAAUUUGACCGGAGGGGAAGGAUUUCAGGAGCUGCCAUCAGGACUUAUUUAUUAGAAAGAUCACGUGUUUGUCAAGUGUCUGAUCCUGAGAGAAAUUAUCACUGUUUCUACAUGCUUUGUGCGGCACCACCAGAAGAUAUUCAGCGGUACAAACUGGGAAAUCCAAGAACAUUUCACUAUCUGAACCAAUCUAAUUGCUACGAAUUGGAUGGAAUUGAUGAUUCUAAGGAAUAUACUGCGACAAGAAGGGCAAUGGAAGUCGUUGGAAUAAGUCCUGAGGAGCAGGAUGCAAUAUUCUGCGUUGUGGCUGCAAUUCUCCAUCUUGGGAACAUUGAAUUUGCUAAAGGGAAAGAAAUAGACUCAUCUGUGCCCAAAGAUGAAAAAUCAUGGUUCCAUCUAAGAACUGCUGCUGAGCUUCUCAUGUGCGAUGGGAAGUUAUUAGAAGAUUCCCUAUGCAAGCGUAUAAUCGUAACUCGUGAUGAAACCAUUACAAAAUGGUUGGAUCCAGAAUCUGCUGCACUUAGUAGAGAUGCUUUGGCUAAAAUUGUGUACUCAAGAUUGUUUGACUGGAUUGUGGAUAAAAUCAAUAGUUCAAUUGGUCAAGAUCCUGACUCAAAGUUCUUAAUUGGGGUGUUGGAUAUUUAUGGAUUUGAGAGUUUCAAGACAAACAGUUUUGAGCAAUUCUGCAUUAAUUUGACAAAUGAGAAACUGCAGCAGCAUUUCAACCAGCAUGUCUUCAAAAUGGAGCAAGAAGAGUAUACAAAAGAAGAAAUUAAUUGGAGCUACAUUGAGUUUGUUGAUAAUCAGGAUGUUCUGGACCUCAUUGAAAAGAAACCAGGUGGAAUAAUUGCUCUUCUAGAUGAGGCUUGCAUGUUUCCAAGAUCAACACAUGAAACAUUUGCUCAGAAGCUGUACCAGAUGUUUAAAAACCAUAAGCGCUUCAGCAAACCCAAAUUGUCCCGUAGCGACUUUACAAUCUGCCAUUAUGCUGGUGAUGUCACUUAUCAAACUCAAUUAUUCCUGGACAAGAACAAAGAUUAUGUUGUUGCUGAACAUCAGGCCCUUUUGACUGCUUCCAAAUGCUCCUUUGUUUCUGGUUUGUUUCCACCUUUAGCUCAGGAGUCCUCCAAAUCAUCAAAGUUCUCCUCAAUAGGUUCUCGAUUUAAGCAACAAUUACAAGCAUUACUUGAAACCCUGAGUUCCACAGAGCCACAUUACAUACGUUGUGUAAAGCCCAAUAAUCUUCUUAAGCCUUCAAUAUUUGAGAAUAAAAAUGUUCUACAACAACUACAGUGUGGGGGAGUUAUGGAGGCAAUUAGGAUUAGUUGUGCUGGAUACCCUACUAAAAAACCAUUUGUUGAAUUUGUAGACCGAUUUGGCCUCCUUGCACCUGAAGUUUUGGAUGGAAGUUCUGAUGAGGUUAAUGCUUGCAAGAAACUUCUAGAGAAGGUGAAACUUCAAGGCUAUCAGAUUGGUAAGACAAAGGUUUUUCUCAGGGCUGGUCAGAUGGCUGAACUAGAUACCCAUAGGAGUGAGGUCUUAGGAAGAUCUGCUAGUGUUAUCCAGAGGAAAAUCCGUUCUUAUUUAGCUCGCAGAAGUUUUAUCAUGCUUCGUCGGUCUGCACUACGGAUUCAAUCUGUUUGCAGAGGACAACUUGCUCGCAAUGUUUACAGUGGCAUGAGAAGAGAAGCUGCAAGUUUGAGGAUCCAGAGACAUUUGCGUAUGCAUCUUGCUAGGAAAGCUUAUAAAGAAUUGUGUUCCUCUGCUGUUUCCAUUCAGACGGUCAUGAGGGGGAUGGCUGCUCGCAAUGAGCUAUGCAUCAGAAGGCAGACCAGAGCAUCAAUUAUAGUUCAGAGCCAAUGCCGCAAGUUCUUGGCCCAGUUGCAAUAUAUGAAGUUGAAGAAAGCAGCAAUUGCAACACAAUGCGCAUGGAGAGGAAGAGUUGCUCGAAAGGAACUGCGGAAGCUUAAGAUGGCUGCUAGGGAAACUGGAGCCCUGCAAGCUGCCAAGAACAAACUGGAAAAGCAAGUUGAGGAACUGACAUGGAGAUUACAGCUGGAGAAACGUAUGAGGGUUGACAUGGAAGAGGCUAAAACAAAAGAAAACGCAAAAUUACAGUCUGCUUUGCAAGACAUGCAACUUCAGUUUAAAGAAACCAAAGAAUUGCUUGCCAAGGAACGCGAGGCUGCCAGAAGGGCAGCUGAGGUGGUCCCUGUAAUUCAGGAGGUUCCAGUGGUGGACAAUGUGAUGCUGGAGAAGCUUACAAGUGAGAAUGAAAAACUGAAGGCAAUGGUGAGUUCAUUGGAAAAGAAAAUUGGUGAAACGGAGGAAAAGUUUGAAGAGACAAACAAGAUCAGUGAAGAAAGGUUGAAACAAGCUUUGGAGGCAGAAUCAAAAAUAGUUCAGUUGAAGACUGUUAUGCACAGGCUUGAAGAAAAAAUUUUGGACAUGGAAUCUGAAAACCAAGUUCUGAGGCAGCAAACUCUGUUAAGUACACCUGUUAAGAAGAUUUCAGAGCAUCUACAGAUUCCAGUCACUCCGAAUCUGGAAAAUGGUCACCAUAUAGAUGAAGCAAACAAAUCAAAUGAACCACAGAGUGUGACUCCAGUGAAGAAGGUCGGCAUAGAAUCUAAUGGCAAGUUGCAAAAAUCCAAUCUUGAACGCCAACAUGAGAGCGUCAAUGCACUGAUCAAUUGCGUUACAAAGGACAUUGGGUUCAGUCAUGGAAAGCCUGUUGCUGCGCUUACCAUUUAUAAAUGUCUUCUUCACUGGAAAUCUUUUGAAGCAGAAAGGACCAAUGUGUUUGACCGUCUCAUUCAGAUGAUUGGCACUGCAAUUGAGAAUGAAGAAGACAAUGGUCAUAUGGCUUAUUGGUUGUCCAACACAUCAGCAUUAUUGUUCUUGCUCCAAAAGACUCUAAAGGUUUCUGGUGCAAAUGGUGCAACUCCAAGUCGGAAACCACCCACUCCAACCUCUCUGUUUGGAAGGAUGACAAUGAGUUUUCGCUCUUCCCCUUCAUCCAACAACCUUGCUGCAGCUGCUGCACUUGCAGUAGUUCGCAAGGUAGAGGGAAAAUACCCUGCGUUGCUUUUCAAGCAGCAGCUUGCAGCAUAUGUGGAAAAGAUCUAUGGAAUUAUUAGAGACAAUUUGAAGAAAGAGAUAUCAUCUUUGCUUUCUCUAUGCAUCCAGGCACCUAGAACAUCUAAGGGAAAUGUACUAAGAUCUGGACGGUCCUUUGGCAAAGAUUCUCCUUCAACUCAUUGGCAGGGCAUUAUUGAUAGCCUCAACACCCUCCUCAGUACUUUGAAAGAAAAUUUUGUGCCACAAGUUCUUAUCCAGAAGAUAUUUACUCAAACAUUUUCGUACAUAAAUGUACAAUUGUUUAAUAGCCUUCUUUUACGCCGUGAGUGUUGUACGUUUAGCAACGGAGAAUAUGUUAAAGCUGGGUUAGCGGAGUUAGAGCUCUGGAGUUGCCAAGUGAAAGAAGAGUAUGCAGGAUCGUCCUGGGAUGAACUUAAGCACAUUAGACAGGCUGUUGGUUUCUUGGUUAUACAUCAGAAGUACAGAAUUUCAUAUGAUGACAUUACAAAUGAUCUCUGCCCUAUUCUUAGUGUACAGCAAUUGUACAGAAUAUGUACCCUGUAUUGGGACGACAACUAUAAUACUCGAAGUGUUUCUCCAGAUGUUAUUUCCAGCAUGAGGGUAUUAAUGACAGAGGAUUCCAAUGAUGCGGUUAGUAGUUCCUUUUUAUUGGACGACAAUUCCAGCAUUCCCUUCUCAGUUGACGAUCUUUCCAAAUCGCUCCAAGAGAUAGAAUUCUCGGAAGUCAAACCAGCAGACGAACUUCUUCAGAAUCCAGCCUUCGAAUUUUUACUCGAGUAAGGCUAAGGAAGCUUUGAAUCGAUCCGUCCCCUAUUUCUUGUGGCAAUGGAGACUUAAAAACCCUAUUGCCAACUAAAAUGAUUGUUGUAAAUUCAUUUUUCAUUUCAUCUAUCACCCUUGAUAUAUAAUUUUUUUUUCCCAUUACAUCCAUUAAA